UUUGCACUGCGAUCCGCUUUGUGUGGAGUAAAUAUUUCAACAAGUCGUGCAAAAAUACGUAUUUGGAAAGUUUGACUCAAAUGUCUUUCAAAAUGCAGAAGAUAUUAAUUUACCUGGUCCUGCUCCUGGGUAUCCUGCACACCACUUGUGGAAUGUUCUUCCAAAUGUUCGAAAAGGAGCGAAAGUGCUUUAUCCAAGAAACUCCCGGCGAUACAGAUGUUGUUGUCGAGUAUAAGAUGGAGGUGGUGGACCCCAGAUCAGGCGGCUUUAUGCCAAUGCCCUUCGGUGUCGGGAUGCACGUGGAUAUUCGGGACAGCGAUAACAAGAUAAUUCUGAGCCGCGUCUAUAAUUCAAAGGCCUGUCUGAAAUUUACAACCUACUGGCCUGGAGACCACCGGAUUUGCUUGCAAACCAACAGUUCCGCCUUUUUCCAGGGGGCCCUUGUGCGUGUCCACUUGGAUAUUAGGGCGGGUGAUCAAACUGUUGACUACGAAACGAUUCGGAGGCAUUAUAACCUGGAUGAUAUGCAGUUGCGAGUCCUUCAGCUAAUGAAUCAGGCAGACCAGAUCUCCAAAGAGCAAAAUUACCAGCGCUUUCGGGAGCAGCGCUUCCGGCAGACAUCCUCUAAUAUAUACAAUAAUAUAAUAUUAUGGUGCAUAGCCCAAGCUGUAAUCCUAAUUCUUUUGUGGGCCGUCCAGUAUCAUUUCUUAAUAAGGAAGAAGUCCUUGUACACUUAUUACUGCCAAAUUCUGAGUGAAAAGGAACUAAUGAGGUUCACGACACCCGAGGCUUUCAGAACUCUCAUGACCAUUCUGGGAAUCAACGGUCAGGGUCUAACAACCAGUGCCAUUUCACAAUGGAUCACCCAGGUGGAGGAUCCCGAAUCAACAGAUGAGAAAACAGAGAUUAUUGUCGGUGAUAAGCUUCAAGCCAAAGUGCAAGAAUUUGUUGAAAAAUUCCUCAUCAAGCCAGUACCAACGAUUCCGGAGAAUCGGAAAGAAAGCUUAUUCGCAUCCAAUGUCCAACUAACUAACCUUCUAUAUAGCGCCCAGCGAAAUCGCAGUGUUCACUUGAAAGGCGACACUUUCUUGCUGGUCUGCGAGUGCAACGAUUGCAAGGCCAGUAAUCCAAAUGAAGUAGAGGCCAAGAAAUGAAGUGAACCUUUAACCAUUAAGAC